GUGCUGCUGGUUUCAAACAACGCACGCUUCCGUGCUUAUUUGGAACAAGUUUAUUCACGAAAGAGAAAAUGAAGGGGAAUAAUCAGAAGGAUGAACAUAGCUGAGCAAACAGGACAUAAAGACUCAGAGUGGUCUGACACGGCGUCUGUUGGCAGACCCAGCUGCAGCCUGACCUCCUCGCCUCACCUGCUGUGGCACUGAGGCAGGGGGCCUGCUGGCCUCAGCCCUGGCUGUCUCUGGUGCCUGGGAUUGCAGCAGUCCCUCACUCUGUGCACAUGGGGGGCCGGAGGAGGUGUCUGCCUCCUCUGGCAGCAUUGCUGCUCUUUGCCCCAUGUGUCUGAUGGAGAUGUUUUCCAGGCAAGAUUUGGCCUGGGCUCUUGUAGAACUGACUUGUGUGUUCUGAGUGGGUUGUAGAUCAUGUAUGCUUAGACAGUGACAGGUCUUUGGAUCCAGCUCUUGACUGUCAUCACGCUGCAGUGGUACUUUGUGUGUUACUUCUGUUCUGCCUUAGUUUCCCCAUCUGUAAAAUGGGGAGUGGCCCUGGAGAGAAUGAUCAUGGAAAUAAAAUAAUGUAAAAAUGCACACGCUUGCAAGAUUUAAUCAUAAGUCUUGACCAGCAAGUGCUUGGUCCUUGACAUGUCCUGCUACCCCAGGGUUCACCCUCAGUGCAUCUAAUCUUGCUAGUGGAAUGUAGUGUUGAUGCAUUUUCAGGUCUCUGCUGGGGAUGAGAAUGUUUUAUGGGGGGCAAAGUUUGUUUCAGUUUUGCCCUUUGCUUUCUCAGGCACAGUGGAGCUUAUGAAGGCCAAGCAAAGAGCUGAAUGGUAUUUUGUGUGAGCAGAGGCAAGAGGCGUCCAGACGUGGGGAACUACAGAGGCAGUUGCAGGUAGAAAGAUGAGUCCAAAAAUUACAACAGAGCUGCUGAAGCAACUGCGGCAGGUGAUGAAGAGUCCCAAGUAUGUCCAGGAGCCUGUCCAAGCCUACAUAGUGCCCUCUGGAGAUGCCCACCAGAGUGAGUACAUUGCACCCUGUGAUUGCAGACGGGCGUUCAUCUCUGGAUUUGAUGGCUCUGCAGGUACUGCCAUAGUAACUGAGCAGCAUGCAGCCAUGUGGACAGAUGGACGCUAUUUCCUGCAAGCUGCACAUCAAAUGGAUAACAACUGGACACUUAUGAAAAUGGGUCUGAAAGAAACACCAACUCAGGAGGACUGGCUAGUGAGUGUCCUUCCAGAAGGCUCGAAGGUGGGAGUGGACCCUUUCAUUAUUCCAGCUGACCAGUGGAAGAGGAUGUCCAAAGUCUUGAGAAGUGCUGGCCACGACCUUGUGCCUGUCAAAGAAAACCUGAUUGAUACAAUCUGGUCAGACUGUCCUCAGCGUCCCUGCAAGCCUCUCAUCACACUUGACUUGAGUUACACAGGGAUCAGCUGGAGAGACAAAAUUGCAGCCCUCCGUUCAAAAAUGGCUGAGAGGAAAGUCCUGUGGUUUGUGGUAACUGCCUUGGAUGAAGUAGCAUGGCUUUUCAACCUCCGAGGCUCUGAUGUUGAGUACAAUCCUGUGUUUUUUGCAUACGCUGUCAUAGGAAUUAACACAAUCAGGCUCUUCAUCGAUGGUGACCGGAUGAUGGACCCAGCUGUGAGGGAGCACUUACAGCUUGACUCCACUCUGGAGCCUGAGUUUAAAAUCCAGGUGAUGCCUUAUGGAUCUAUCUUGUCAGAGCUGCAGGCUGUUGGUGUGGGCCUCUCACCCAAGGAGAAAGUGUGGCUCAGUGACAAAGCCAGCUAUGCUCUGACUGAGGCCAUUCCCAAGGCUUACCGGUACCUCACCCCAUAUACCCCCAUCUGCAUUGCAAAAGCUGUGAAGAACGCAUCGGAAACGGAAGGCAUGAGAAGAGCACAUAUUAAAGAUGCUGUUGCCCUGUGUGAGCUCUUUAACUGGCUGGAGAAAGAGGUUCCAAAGGGAACAGUGACAGAAAUAAUUGCUGCAGACAAAGCAGAGGAGUUUCGCAGCCAACAGAAAGACUUUGUUGAAUUGAGUUUUGCUACCAUAUCAAGCACAGGUCCAAAUGGAGCCAUCAUUCAUUACAAGCCAGUUCCUGAGACCAACAGAACGCUGUCUGUGAACGAGAUCUACCUCCUGGACUCCGGAGCACAGUACAAAGAUGGUACAACAGAUGUCACCAGGACAAUGCAUUUUGGGACACCGUCAGCCUAUGAAAAGGAAUGCUUCACCUAUGUCCUGAAGGGACAUAUAGCUGUGAGUGCAGCCAUCUUCCCAAAUGGAACCAAAGGUCAUCUUCUAGAUUCCUUUGCCCGCUCUGCCUUGUGGGAUUGUGGUUUGGAUUACCUGCAUGGGACAGGACAUGGAGUUGGCUCUUUCCUAAAUGUACAUGAGGGUCCUUGUGGCAUUAGCUACAAAACCUUUGCAGAUGAGCCCUUGGAGGCUGGCAUGAUCGUGUCUGACGAGCCUGGUUAUUACGAAGAUGGGUCCUUUGGGAUCCGAAUAGAAAACGUGGUCCUUGUGAUCCCUGCUGAAACCAAGUACAAUUUCAAAAACAGAGGGAGCCUGACUUUUGAACCCUUAACCCUGGUUCCAAUCCAGAUGAAAAUGAUUGAUGUUAAUUUGCUGACAGAAAAAGAGUGUAACUGGGUGAACGACUACCAUCAGAAGUGCAGGGAAGUAAUUGGAGCAGAACUGGAGAGGCAAGGCAGGCAUGAAGCUCUUCGGUGGCUCAUCCGGGAGACACAGCCUCUCACCAGAGUUCAGUAGCACCACAGUUGUCUGCGGUGUGUGGCACAGCAGAACCACUGUCACCGUGACCCGUGUCAUCUUGGCCCUUGACACCACUGGGAGAAUGUUCUUCUGUAAACCUUUGGAAAUCACGAGGGGAUUUCAUGUAGUGCUUCUCUCCCCCCAACAUGUGGGGGUAAGGAGGGUUACUGUGUCAACAGUUGUUUUUUUUUUGGGGGGGGAGGGGUCAAGAAUAGAAAGCAAAUAAAAGAAUAAGCAUGUUGCCUUUGAAACAAGGGUCUUAUUGAAAUAAUGGUUCUAAGACACAAUACUGGAAUAUUUUAUACUGUCUGGUUUUUCACUGUGAAAACUCAGUAUUUUUGCAUAUGUGGGUUCCAGUUGCUAAGUUGCUACCAACACAGCAGGACUGAUAAUAAAAGAUUCCCACCCGC